AGCAUCUUGAGACCCAUUUUCCAAGCUGAACAAAAGUCUUCUCAUCACGUACACAAAAACUUUCGCCUUUAAUCUACAUUUACAAUCAACAAUAUGUCUCAGAGACUCAGUUCUGCCUCGAGCGCCUCUCUAUUCUUGCUUGUUGUCUUGUCUGCCCUGGUGGCGCCAAGCUUGAGUAAAAUUCUUUUAGAUUACCGAAUCCCGCCAACUGCUAAGGUCACUGAUAUGGGGGACAAGACCACCGCUUUAGGCAAAUUGACCAAGGCCACUAUCACUGGAAAAAAUUCUCUCACUGAGGCCUACCAGUUCAUGAAAGUACCCAAGAGUCAAUUUCAAGUGGUAGCACUGAAAAUUAACGAUAACUCUAUCUUCAAAGAUCAAUUAGGAUUCCGUCGCAAUGACAUUGUGCCCGAGUAUAACGCAAAGCUUUUCGAAACAGGAACGAAGACCUAUCAUCAUAGUUUCAUAUUCACAAAAGGUGGAAAAUUGGAUCUGAAGCACGGUUAUCUCCUUGCAAGUGUUGAGUUUCCUGACGCAGAUGGUACCCAUAUGUUUGACAUUUUUCAUGGCACACAGUUCGACUCUAAAAACACCGCCGGCACUGCCGACAAAGAUGCGAAUAAAAUCAGAGUUAGAGACAUCAACUUCAAAACGCUUUUUGAUGUUGAUGUGAAAUCCGAUGUAAUAUUCAAUUUUGCCAUAGAAGUAGACUGGAAGGCCAACUCAUUAAGUGUUUAUCAUUCGACUGGCGAUGACCCGCUCAAACAAGUAGUCAAGCCGGCGGCCAUUGUACCAACAAAUCCAAAGGCUGUAAAAGUAGCUGGCACAGGUGAAUGGCACAUACAAAUGAUCAAGGAACCGCUUCCUAACCCUGCGGAUCCAGUCGAAAAGCGUAGUGACGUUCCUCACAACGGUAUACAAGAAAAGGGAAUUAACGAGUCGAUCAUUGCGCUGCGUAACUUCAUUGAGGACAAAACGUCGACCAACCCCGAUGGGCCCGCAGGAGGGGCUGAUACAACUGCUGGCGUGAGCGGCUCUCAGAAAGCCGGUGUAGCCUUACUUGACGCAACUAAAAAGAAAGUAAAGAGACAACUAUAGAACCUUGGUUGAAGUUGAAACUGUGAUUCAUAAAUAUCAUGGUGCAAGGGAUGCUCAUUAUGGACCAAAGCAAGUUUGGGUGAUUAAUGUAUUCUUGUAGGGAGCCCAUAGGUUAUCAUGGUCCACCAGUAUGACCCCUGGGCCCUACUGUAUCCUCAAGUAGUCAUUAGUUUUAUUCCGUUUUGAGCAUUGUUAUUUGUAUUAAUACUCUUCUUAAGCUGUAGCUUUACUCAAAAACCAAGUGUAGGUUGCUUUAACAUUGUGAGCAGUGCAUAAAUAUUCAACCUCAUUCCAGUUGCUGGGAAUGUUAUCCACCUUUUUUACCAAAAAGAUGAGACAAGUCUGUCACAAACAUGAAUCAGGAUAACUAGAACAAUAUCUAUCCUCU